CCCCCCUCGGAGGCUCCUCCUCCUCUGUCGCAGCAGGGUCCGGCGAGGCUUGCAGAGAGAGGCGCUGUGCUGCGACCCCAAUCAUGGAUGAGACCUUAGAUGAACCUCCAACUUCUGCUGUCUUCUUGGACAGCUACCACUUCUCCCAGGUUAUCUUUAAUAAUGUGGAGAAGUUUUAUGUCCCUGGGGGAGACAUAACCUGCUGUUAUACCCUCACGCAGAACAUCACUCCUCGCAGAAAGGACUGGGUGGGCAUUUUCCGGGUGGGAUGGAAAACAACCCGUGAAUAUUACACCUUUAUGUGGGCUCCUUUGCCGAGUGACCUCAGCAGUGAUUCUGUCGUGAAUCAGCAAAUUAAUUUUAGAGCCUACUACCUGCCGAAAGAUGAUGAAUAUUACCAGUUCUGUUACGUUGACCAGGAGGGGAUGGUCCGGGGAGCCAGUGUGCCUUUCCAGUUCCGGGCGGAGACCGAAGAUGACAUCCUGGUGGUCACUACCCAGGGAGAAGUGGAGGAGAUUGAGCAGCAAAACAAGGAUUUACUUAAAGAAAACAAGGAGCUGAAGGAAAACUGCCUUUGUCUCCAGAAACAGAACCUGGGUUUGCAAGAGCAGCUCCAGCUGGCACAGGAGAAGAUGAAAGAGCUAGAGGGAGAAGUCUGUUUCUUGCAGACUGGGAACUUGGAGCUACGGCGAGCUCAGGAGCUGCAGGCCGGAGAGAUGAGCUCUGCCCAGAUGAAUUUGGCUGCAGUGAGGGAAGAGAAUGAAAAACUAGGAAAGGAAAAUCAGGAGCUGCAGAAAGGACUGGAGUCUCUGAGGAGCAGCUGUGAGAAAUUGGAGCUGGAAGCAAGUUUCCUGAAAGAGGGGAACAAGCAGCUGAUGGAACAGGAUGGCUGCAGAGAGAGAGAGCUGCAGCAACUCAAAGAACGUAACCAGGAAGUAUCCUCUGAAAAGGAGCAACUGGAAAGCAGAUUGAAAACUACCCUGGAUCACAUGGACUUGCUGCAGCACCAAACCCAGGAUCUAACAAAGGAACUCGAGGAGAAGAACCAUUUGUUUCAGAUACUUCAGUGGAAGAAGGAUGAAACCGAUGAAGAAAAUCUGAGACUGAGGCAAAAGAACAACGAGUUGCUGAUGUCCCUUGCUGAGAGUCCGGAUUAUUCUGCGCGUGUUGCUGUCCCACCGGCGCGAGUUCCUGCUCAGGCUCCAGGAAGUGCCACCCUGGUGUUUGGGAACCCGUACUUUGAGUCCCCAGAGACGAGUGCUGAGAACAUGCCCUCUGUGAAGAAGUGCCACCUGUGUGGUGAGGUGUUUCCAGAUGACAUGGGGCCUCAUCAGUAUGAGGACCAUUUGCGAAGCCACCUUCUGAAUUGCCCGUACUGCGACGAGACCUUUGAGGAAUCCAAUAGGCAGGUGUACAACGAUCAUAUGUACUGCCACAGCCUGGAAUAAUACUUCAUUCUGUGCUGUGCUGUGCUGUACUGUGCUGUGCUGUGCUGCACAGCAGGUUGUAGAGCUCCUCUUUCAGGUGGGAUAGCACGGACUUGACCAUCGCCGAUAUCAUUAAGUUCUGUAGAUCCUAGUAAAAUCAUCCAAGCAAGGCUGGACUCGGCACCAGUACUGUAGAACUGACCCAUCAAGUUGGUUGAGACUAGAGCCAUCCUUGUCAAAUGUGUCCUUUAUCUUCCAUCAAACACGGGGACUGUCGAACACCUGAGUCCCUGUAUCCAGUUGUUCAGUCUGCAUGCAGUACCUGUACUUCAGAACAAAGCUGGCCCUGUGGUCCGUUGUUCCGAUCUACUGUAGAACAGCAAUUGCCUGUGCUUGGCAGAAACCUCUGCAUCUGUUGUUUUAUUCCUUAGAGCGGCGCUGAGACGAUUUAGCCUAAAGCCAAAACCAACAGAUGCAGCCUUUGAGCUCAAAGCCCCAGUCUUAUUCAAGGUUGCAUGACUGCAGAUAUAACUUAAUCGUAAAACUGAGUCCUUCCUUCACCCUCUGUUCCAAGCCAGUGAAAGCUUAGUCUCAGGAAUGAAUUUAGUGUAAUUUCUAUGCACAUCUUCUAAGGCAGAGGUGGGAAACCUAAGGCUAAGGGAACUGGAUGCAGCUCACAGCUUGCCUGGAUCUGGCCCCUGAGGUGUGAGUCUUCCCUCUUCUACCCAGCAUUGGAGAACCCAUGAUGGCCCUCCAGCUCCCUCCUCCCUGCAGGGCUGAAGCACACACAGUCUACUAGUGUGCCGCCUCCCCCAGGCUGCAGUGUGUGAAGGGAAUGUGGGGAGGGUCUGUCUCCUUCUCAGUCAGGGGGCCAUGUCCGUGAGGGUUUGUUUAGGUCUUUUUGCUUCUCUCUUGCCUGCAGCCACCGACUAAUUUUUUUCUGUGGGUCAGCAGCCCCGACCCUAAAAAAGUUCGCUACCCCUGCGCUAAGGAAACUGAUGGGGGAUCCUGCACUUUUCAGAUUUGCUUAUCGGAAGCGUCUUGAUUCCAGGAUUAAAGGAGCCUCUUCUGAGUGCAAAAUGCUGGGGUUCGAGCCUCACAAGUGCCUGGGGUGAUUGCAUUGCUUUUGCACAAGUUUUAAAUACUUUUUGUUGCAAUUGACAGUCAGCGUUUUUUUCUCUAUGCAAACACGAGGGACGUUUAUUAUCCAAUAGUGUUAUACUGUGCAUUUGUUUAGUGAUGAAUAUCUAAAUCUGUAGGGAAUCCUAUUUAGGUUUUCAUAGUAGCUUCAUUCGAACCAGGCUAAGAAUGGAUAUCUUAAUACGUUGCUUUAAUAUCUUCAAUGCUAACAGCUUAAAUAAAUGUGUAUCUGUCAACCUUUGAUUCAAACUUUGGAUUUCUCUCCCCAGUUGUAUGUAAUAAGGCUUUUAUUUUAUUUUUUUUAACUGUUAGCAGGCUCUAUACAAAACCAUGUAGCAGAAAUGGAAAAGGUGAAUAAACAAUAGCAAACAGUAA